AUUGUGAUUUUGUAAACUCCAUAACAACUUUCAGAUGCGAUUUGAGUACUGAUCAUCCGUUUGUAGAUCAUUAUGUGAGGUACCUGAAUUAUCGGUGGAGAUCAGGGUAUCCUACGAGCUCGGUCGAAUGCUAGGCAAUGGGGAAGUCGUUGCAAAAUUAGAAAUAUCAUGGGAUGAGCUACUUGAUCGCGGAGAUGAGCCUAUUGACAUCUCCUUCCCGCCCGUUUGUGAUCUUCACCCUUCCCUCACGCUGAAGGUCGCUGUUCUACAUCCUUGCGACAAUGAUGACAGCGCACUGCUCGACUCCAUCGUUGAAUGUGAGAUUGCUCGAGAGACGGAUGUGGGCCAUGAACGAUUUGCCAAAUACAUGACAAGCAAGACGGUCACUCACCUGAAUGAUGCCGUACAGCAUUUUCAGUUGGUUCUGGACCGAUGUCCGGUCGACCAUCCUGAUCGCGCAGCGGCUCUUACCAACCUCGCCUCAACACGCCUAAAAGACUACACUGAAAACGAUCGUCAAGACAUUGUCUCUAUCACUUCUCUCUUCCGCGAAGCCCUUGCAUUGCGUCCGCAGGGCCACCCCGAUCAUCCAUUGUCUGUCUAUCACCUCGCCCACGCGCUGGGCUGGCGCUACAGCAAGGAGAACUUCACUGCUGUCUAUAUCCACGAAUCCGCGCGACUGUGCUGCAAGCUAAUGCCCCUCUGUCCAGAGGGCACCUACCUUCGUAGUAUCAUGGUAGGGCCAUAUGGCGUCAAUUAUGUGAUCUACGGAUGCAACAAUCUUCCAAUAGACGCAUCCGAUGAAGGCAUCCACCUUCGACGAGUCGUUCUCGAGCUCUGUCCUCCGGGCAAUGAACACUAUCCAGAAGCACUCGAAAAUCUUGCAGAGACUCUCAGAUCACGCUUUGAACAAUGUGGCAGCAUUGAUGAUCUAGACGAGUGCAUGCAAUGUGGUCGUGAAGCCGUUUCUCUGUGCUCCGAGGGACAUUCAAAAUAUAAUACCUACCUGAAUAACUUGGCCACGUCACUCUUGACCCGCUUCAAUAAACUAGGCAAACAUCAUGACCUCAACGAAGUAAUCUCUUUGUACGAAAAAGUUCUGCGCCUGUGCCCUGUUGGGCACGAUUUUCGUCAUAUCUCAUUGGACAACCUAGGAGCCGCCCUCUUCACCCGUUUCAAUCAACGCAAUGAUGUCCAUGACAUCAACAGAUCCAUCAGCCUCCAUCGCGAGGCACUGACGUUGCGCCCCCCUGGGAAUCCAUAUCGUGAUUACACGCUUAACAACCUCGCUACCGCACUCCAAAUCAGAUAUGACGAAUUGGACGUCAGCGAAGAUCUCAGCGAAGAUCUCAACGAGGCCAUUGACCUGUACCGGGAUUCACUUCAGUCAACACAGCUUGACCAUCCACUGCGCUAUACAACUCUUAACAAUUUGAGUUCAGCGCUCUCCUCUCGUUUCAGGCAAACUCUGAAAGAUGAAGAUAUCGAGGAGGCCAUUCGACUGUGUCAAGAAUCAUUGGAGGCUUUGUCUUCAUUGCACCCGGGUAGAUGUUUGAGCUACAGGGGGUUGCAGGAAGCCUAUUUGUCUCGUUACAGAGUGCAACGCAAGUCUGCUGAUUUGUCACUCGCUGUAGAGAAUUUUAGACUGGGAUCAAGACACCUUACUCAAGGAUUUCCUGAGCGCAUUGGGGAGGCUAUUAACUGGGUUCGCAAAUCAGAACUCUAUCAACAUGAAUCUGCCCUAGAAGCAUACCAGACGUGCUUGGAUCUUUUCGACAACCAUGUGAUGAUGCGAUCAUCAAUCAUCUCACGGCGCGAGGCUGCAACCGCUUUUCGCGGCGCCCAAUCACUGCCAGUAGAUGCAGCCUCAUGUGCGAUACGUCGUGAUGAUCUGCGACGAGCAGUUGAACUCCUGGAGCAGGGUCGUGGUCAGCAGUGGUCGCUGGCCUCUCGUCUCAAGACUCCAGUGGAAGAUCUCGAGUCGGAAAAUGCGAAUCUAGCUCGGAGAUUUUCGGAGCUGAGUAAAUGUCUGUCCGAGGCUCAAAGUUCCACAGUCAGCACAGAUGGAACUGCUGCUGACCAGGCAGAAACACAAUACAGGAAACUUACGGAGCAGUGGGGAGCUGUGGUAGCUGAAAUCCGCGAUCUUAAAGGUUUCUCGCAGUUUCUGCUCCCCCCUUUGUAUGAAGACUUGCAAGCAGCAGCGCGUCAUGGCCCAGUCAUCAUACUCAUCGCGAGUGAAUACUCGUGCAGCGCCAUCAUCGUCCCGACGUCAGGAGACCCCCAUCAUGUUCCCUUGCCAUCUAUCACUCUUACAGAUCUGAAGAAUCUUAAGGAUCGUUUCGCCAGGGCAAUACGACACGCAUCUAUUAUGGGCCCAAAGGUUCCACGGAAUGAUCUAAUAGUCCUCUUGCGGGCUGUAUGGGACGGGAUCAUGCUACCCAUCGUCAACGUCCUCCAGCAUGACCUGAAAUUAAAGCACCAAUCUCGAAUCUGGCUAUGUCCAACGGCCGCUUUCACGUCCAUUUCUCUCCACGCAGCUCACCCCUUUCAAACAAAGGCAGAUCGCUCGAAGGAGCCAUGCCUGGAGGAUCUCUACAUUUGUUCUUACACGCCGACACUUUCGGCUUUGGUCAGAUCUAGACAGAUGAUGAAGAAGCGUGUCCCUCCGUCCUUCGUGGCGAUCGGACAGGGCCAACCGCGUGCAGGGAAAAGCAAGGAGCUCUUGGCCGUCGACAGCGAGCUCGAGCUUGUCCGGAAACUCGUCCCUGCGACGGUCAGCCGUACCACUGUUUCUGGCGAUGCAGCCACACGAGCAGGUGCACUCCAAGCAUUGCAAGAGAACAACUGGGUGCACCUUGCCUGUCAUGGAAAGCAGGACCACGAGCAGCCUUACAACUCACGUUUCGCCAUGAAAGACGAACCUCUGACGCUGCUUGAUAUUAUGGAGAAAGAUAUUCCUCACGCCGAGUUCGCGUUCUUAUCAGCGUGUCAUACCGCCGUCGGUGAUGAGGAGACUCCCGACGAGGUCAUUCACCUCGCGGCUGGACUGCAAUUUUCAGGGUUUAAGAGCGUCAUUGGCACGCUGUGGGAGGUCGACGACGCUGUGGCAAGACACGUUGUCGAAGCCUUCUACGAGAAUAUGUUCAAGGAUUUGGAGGACGGUGAUGUCAUGGACUGCACGAAGGCGGCCUGGGCACUCAACCGCGCUACACACGCCGUGAAGACGAAGGUUCCGCUCGAGCAGAGGAUGGUUUUCAUUCAUAUUGGUGUGUAGUUCUACCGUGUCGUAUUGCUGUCGUCUGCUUUAGUUUUACGAGUCGUUGAUCAUGGACUCUCUACCCUCCCUGUGUACAUCAAGCUGUUGUAUAUAUUAUCCUGAUACUUUUGUGGUAGUAAUCAUCUUGAUUUCGCAUGUACCUCUC